AUGCAUGUAUUUGUGUGGGGUUGAGAUAGAGGGGUAGUACAACUGUCCACAAAAACAAAAGUCUUGUGGCAUGUCGUCAUUCAUUAACACCCAAAGGUGUUGACUUCCUGUGUCAUAAUUAACCAGCAGACAAACAGUGUAAAGUGCACUCUGCUGCUAGCUUGGUCAAAACAAAGCAUAUUGUGGCAGAAAGGACCUGACCUCUCACCUGUUCCCGCCUGUUUGUCUGAGCCUGCAGGUCAAAGUGUGUCCGUCCUGUUUGCGUCAGGACGCCGUGCGUGACGUCACGUGGCGUCCAACUCCUGCAGGACAACGACAGCAAAACGCACCGCUGUGUCGUUCAACUGUGCACUCGCAAAAAGCCUACAAAAGACACACAAAAAUAUGAUGAAUUAUGAAACACUAACACGAACUUUUCAUUACACCAUUUUGUACACAAUGAUAGCAAGUGUCCAACUUGUCACUCUUUUUUUGGCUUUUGGACGCCCUCCUGUUUUUUUUUUUUCUACCCUGUUAAUCCUUCGACACUACAAGCAAUGUGACAUAAUGUACUGUCAAGACAAAUCUACAAUCUGAUUAAUUACUGGGACCAAAACAUAGAAAGAAUGUCACUAGAAAGUAAAUAAAUACAAAACUGGUACAAAAACUAAUACUGAAACUUAUUCAUUGCGGUGUUAAUUAGUUCAUUAGAAAAGAAACAUGUGAUUGGUUCAUCUCUGACACGGUGGACAGAAGCGAGCACCGGAUUGGUCCACUAUGGCUCCAUUGCAUUACGCAACUCUAAGGCGGGAGUAAGACUCAAUGAGCAGCCUUCCCUAUUGGCCAGUACUAAAAGGACGUCGUGUUCGAAAGGCGGGACGUGGGAGACAACCAAUGACGCGACAAUAUUCCUGGAAGGGGCGUGUCUACUUGACAUUCUUUAGAAGCCGGCUUCGAGUGAGCAGCCGGUACUUCACUCCACCGGCGGGAAGUGCUGCUGGGUUUCCUUAAUUUAUUUAUUGUAUUUUUUUGACACUUUACGGAACCAAACAUGCUCGCCCUGUGCCUAUACGUCCCAGUGUCUAACUCCGACCCGGUGGAAGUGGACUAUUUCGAGUCGAACGGGCUCCCUUCCGAGCUCAACUCGCUCUUCACCAAACUCAGCGUCUUUCUGCCGUCUCAGGAGUUUUCUACGUACCAACGAUGGCGGAAGAAAACCCCGAAAAGGGAGGCAAGCGAAUCUGACGGCCAACUGGACUUUGAGGAGUUUGUGCACUAUCUGCAGGAUUAUGAGAAGGACUUGAAGCUGGUGGUCAAGAGUCUGGACAAGAAGCAUGCAGGUCCUGUGGAGAGCGUGGAGUUCGUACGGUCCCUUCAGGACAUCGGGGUGCACAUUUCGCCUCAUCUGGCAGAGAAAGCCCUGGAGAGCAUGGACAACAACGGCAUCAUUACCAUCAGCAGUAAAGAAUGGAGCAAGUACCCCAUGGUGGAGGAGACGGAGAGCAUCCCAGAGAUCAUCUUGUACUGGAAACACUCCACGAUCUUUGACGUGGGCGAGAACCUGAUGGUUCCAGACGAGUUCACCGAGGAGGAGAAGCAGAGCGGCAUGUGGUGGUGCCACCUGGUGGCGGGGGGCGGAGCCGGAGCCGUGUCCAGGACGUGCACCGCCCCGCUGGACCGGGUCAAAGUCACGAUGCAGGUGUACGGCUCCAGGAGCAACAACAUGUGCAUCAUGAGCGGCCUGACGCAGAUGAUCAAAGAGGGAGGGGUCAGGUCGCUGUGGCGGGGCAACGGAGUCAACAUCAUCAAAAUCGCUCCCGAGUCGGCCCUCAAGUUCAUGGCUUACGAGCAGAUCAAACGUCUGAUUGGCGGUGACAAGGCAACGCUCAGCAUCCUGGAACGCUUUGUGGCCGGAUCUCUGGCCGGCGUCAUCGCCCAGAGCACCAUCUACCCCAUGGAGGUGCUGAAAACACGGCUGGCUCUGAGGAGGACGGGUCAGUACACCGGCAUCUCAGACUGCGCCAAGCAGAUCCUUCGUAGGGAAGGACUGACGGCGUUCUACAAAGGCUACCUUCCCAACAUGCUGGGCAUCAUCCCCUACGCGGGCAUCGACUUGGCCGUCUAUGAGACCUUGAAGAACCGCUACCUGCAGCAGUACGGCACCACUGACCCCGGCGUGGUGGUGCUGCUGGCCUGUGGCACCGUGUCCAGCACCUGCGGCCAACUGGCCAGCUACCCGCUCGCUCUCAUUCGCACCCGCAUGCAAGCACAGGCGGCAAAUGGCGGCAGCCAGCAGGCGACCAUGACGGGCCUCUUCAAGCAAAUCCUGCAGGCCGAGGGUCCGUCGGGGCUCUACAGAGGCCUGGCCCCCAACUUCCUCAAAGUCAUUCCCGCAGUCAGCAUCAGCUACGUGGUCUAUGAGCACCUCAAGACGCAUCUGGGGGUCACCUCGCGCUGAACCACACCCACCCCGCCCACUUCCUAGACCACCAGAACCCUCUAGCUCCCUCUCCCAGGCCUCCCGCCACAGAAUCCCGGGGGCCUCGCGGCCUCGGCCGGGGUUUGUAAUGGAUCUCAUUCUGUGAAUGUCAGCUGAUGAAAGGCGAGAAAGGACACGGAGGCUUGGGAAUGCCAAGAUGGAGGACGUCUGGAAGCGCUGCUAUUUAUUAUUGUAGUGUUGCAUAGCACUCUGAUGCCACUGCAACUCCGGGACCAAAUGUUUCUGCUGCCACUUGGCGUCGUACAAAUAGAUGCCAACAUCAAGCUUUUUUUUUUUUUUUUUUUUAUUAUUAUUAUUAUUAUUGUGGCGUCAGAAGUCAUGAUUUGUGUUCCUCAAGUGGGAGAUUUUGCACAUGUGAGGUUGCUCUCUCCACCCCUGUCCUGAAUGACUGCAGGCUAUUUAUUUCCUUCCGUAUUUAUUGUUUUUAUCGGCGAGGAGGAGAUAAAUGCUGCACGGUGUGUGUCUGGAAUGGCCUUAAUUCAUGUGGGACUGACAACACUAAUGCUAUCAUGGUGAUGUUUUUUUUUUUUUUAAACUGUUUAUGCUCACCUCAGGUUAGACAGUUGAAAUCACAAGAGAAUUUAUUUAUUUUUUUCCCCCACAUACUUUGGGAAUCCAGGGCUUGGAAAAAAAAAAAGAAAAAAAAAAGAAUGAGCAACACAUUGCACUUUAAUCUUUGCUGGAAGAGCCGCUGAAUGUCACAGCAGUCCAGGUAUUACAUUCUUCUUUUGGAAAGAAUGACUUUUAGUAUUUUUAACACUUAUUUUCAUGCGAAUAAAUGCAAAUGCUUGUCAA